AUGGUAUCCUCGUGGUGUUAUUUCAUAUUACCAGUGGUAUUACUCAUUGGAUUGCUUCGAAAAUGUCGCGAACGUACGUGGGGAAGAUGCAAAAAUACAGACAGUUUGCUAGGUCGAGUGUUCAUCGUGACAGGUGCCAAUUCCGGCAUUGGUAAAGAAAUAGUAAAGGAAUUAGCCAAAAGAAAAGCCACGGUCAUUUUAGCUUGUAGAGAUUUACAAACUGCUCGAAAUGCAACGUCUGAUAUACGCACUCAAAUAUCUACCGGAGAAUUGGUACCGAUGGAAUUGAAUCUAGCGUCAUUUUCAUCGAUCAGAGAAUUUGCCAGAGAAGUGAUAAAAAAUUUUGCAGAGGUUCACGUUCUGAUCAAUAACGCCGGAGUAUACGUUCCUUUCAAAGAGCAUGCUUUAACCGACGAUGGAUUUGAAAUUCAUUUCGGCGUAAAUCAUUUGGGCCACUUUUUGCUUACAAAUUUACUUCUCGAACAUUUAGAACGAAACGGACCAAGCAGAAUCGUUAUCGUGACGUCGAAACUUUUCGAAUCCGGGAUAAUUGAUCUUUCAAAUCUAAACGGGGAGAAAGGUUUGGUAGUCAAAGGACGCAUGAAUCCCGCGUAUUGCAAUUCAAAAUUGGCAAACGCUUAUUUCGGCAUUGAACUCGCAAAACGGACAAAGAACAGCGGCGUUAACGUUUACACGGUUUGCCCUGGAUUCACUUACACAGGAUUGUUCAGAAAUGUAAAAAGGAGUUGGUUUCAUUACAUCAUUUUUUCACCUGUCGCUCUAUUAUUUUUACGUACUGCAAAUCAGGGUGCACAAACUGUGUUACAUUGUGCGAUAGAACCUUCGUUGUCCAACGAAAGUGGUAAUAUUUACCGCGAUUGUAAGCUUUACGUUUCAAAGAAGAAACUAGAGGCCGACGUAGCGCUACGCUUAUGGGACGUGAUUUCGAAUCUAGUUUCGCAUGUAUACGAACAUUAUUCUCAAUUAAUUACAAGAAGAGGAGAAUAUCAACUCAACAUGAUAAUAACACGAUGUUGCUUCUACACGAAAACGUUGAAACAAUGUCAGCAUUACGCAGUAACGUCACAAUUAAAAAAAUAUAA